AUGCGUCCUUGGAUUUCAACCAUUGGUUCUAAUUGUCGAUCGCUUUUAUCACUUCAAAUAAUUUCUUUUAGUCUAGGUUUUUCUUGUAUUAUUUAUUUAAUUUUAUCAAAUUUUUCUCAUUUGUCUGUUGAAAAUAUAAUUCCUAGAACUUGGAUUCGAUCUGUACUAACAAAUAAUACUGAUAAAAUCGUUUUAAAGUCUGACAAACAUGAUAUUAAUCCUAUAAAUCGUAUUGAAAAUAAAAGUUUUAUUUGUGAUCGUAUGAGAAAGAAUGAUGGAACUCGAGAAGAAAACGUUAGUUCAGAAGUGGAUGAUCAUCUUAUAAAUAUUCUUCGUCCAUACUGUGAUAUUGUGCCUAUUCUUCGUAACAAUUGGAUUUCUGCUAGACACUAUAUUGAAAGUGAUAUUAUUUUUAUUAUAUAUACUGGUGCUUCUUUUUAUCAUUCACGUGCAACAGCCGUUCGAGAUACAUGGUUAUCACGUGUAACUUACAAAUAUUUUUUUAGUCAAACACCAUAUUCAUCAUUACCAGUGACUGUUAUUGAAGGUGCUGGAGAAACUUAUUUAUCUAAUAUUAAAAAACUCUAUCGUGGAAUGCAAAUAGCAUAUAAAAAACAUAAUCAAACAGCUAAAUUUUAUUUUCUAGCUAGUUGUGAUACAUUUGUUAAUGUACCACAUUUACUUAAACGUCUUGAAUCAUUUGAUUAUAAACAACCUAUAAUUAUCGGUGGUUUUCCUAGUAAUCAUACAUGUUAUGUUAAACGAAAUGCCACAAAUGAUAUUAUUUCUUAUCCAUCAGGAGGUGCAGGUUUUCUUCUAAGUGCUCAUAUGAUGAAAUUAAUGGUACCUAAAUUAAAUUCUUAUUUUGAAAAUGAUUGGCCAUUAACAGAAAAUACAGCACAUACCGAUGCUGCUCUAAGUUGUCUUGCUCAUUCUAUGGGUAUAAAAUCAACAAUAGUUUCUGGAUUUUGGCAAUAUAAUCCUGAAAAAAUACUUAAAGAUAUUGGAAAAGAAAAAUUCUAUGUUGAUCCAGAACCAAGUACAUUUCAUAAUAUACAUCCAUUAUCAAUGGAUAUUCUUGAUGAAUUUUAUAUUCAUCAAUUACUUGAUCGAUUAGGAAAUGAUAAGAAUUUUGAUGAACUUAUGAAAUUUACUCGACAAUUUAUUAUUACUCAUUAUGAAUUAUUACGUAUUAAAAGAAGCGAAUGCACAUUGCCUGUAGUCGAAGGAAUAAAAACAUAA